GUGUCGGUCUGGUCGCAUGGAGUCCUGCCUGGGUGUUGGUAGAGGGUGUUUGAUCAUGAGGGCUCGAGGUGGUCAGGGUUGUGGCCACGGGGGACUGUAACGGGUUUGUGCACACCUUCGGUUCGGGGGUAGCAAAGGGCAAUGGAACAAGGGCCUUUGCAAGCUUGCCUCCCCAUGUCAAGACUGGGGCAUGGCUUAUUGGGGCCCUUCCUCCUUCCCUGGGGAGCCGGAAAUACCCUCCUCCCCUAAGCUGUGGUCUGGCAAGACGCCAGGGCUGGAGCGCUGUGGAAAAAGUUAUGAUUGGUUUUUAAUGUUUCGUUUUCAGGCUGUACCCAGAAAGGCUGGCCUUUAUCGCUGGGAGCCAUUUCACAGGGCUUUCUUUCCCUGUCAUCUUCCAGAAACAGCCCGGGGUUUCGGAGGUAGAAGGUACCAGGGCAGCUACUGGAGAGCUACGAAGGCUUGCCUGGGCAGCCCCGUUCGCAGUGGGGCCCUGCUGCUGCUGUCCUGUUAUUUCUACAGCACCCUCCCCAGCACAGACCUGCCCUUCACUUGGAUGCUUGCCCUCUUGGGCCUCUCACAGGCAUUGAACAUCCUCCUGGACCUCCAGGGCCUAGCCCCAGCUGAGGUCUCUGCAGUCUGUGAAAAAAAGAAUUUCAACGUGGCCCAUGGGCUGGCAUGGUCAUAUUACAUUGGGUACCUGCGGCUGAUCCUGCCAGGGCUCCCGGCCCGGGUACUCACAUGCAAUCAGCUGCACAACAACAUACUACGGGGCACAGGGAGCCAUCGGCUGCACAUCCUUUUCCCACUGGACUGUGGAGUGCCUGAUGACAUGAGUGUGGCCGACCCCAACAUUCGCUUCCUGUAUGAGCUGCCCCAGCAAAGCGCUGACCGCGCUGGCAUCAAGGGCCGGGUUUACACCAACAGCGUCUAUGCGCUUCUGGAAAACGGGCAACAGGCAGGCAUCUGUGUUCUGGAGUAUGCCACCCCCUUGCAGACCCUUUUUGCCAUGUCACAGGAUGGCCGAGCUGGCUUUAGCCGGGAGGAUCGGCUUGAGCAGGCCAAACUCUUCUGCCGAAUACUUGAAGACAUCCUGGCAGACACCCCUGAGUGUCAGAACAACUGCCGCCUCAUUGUCUACCAGGAACCCGAAGAGGGAAGCAACUUCUCCCUGUCACAGGAGAUUCUCCGGCACCUUCGGCAAGAGGAAAGGGAGGUCACUGUGGGCAGUGUGGGGACCUCAAUGGUACGCAAUCCCUCUGUGCUGUCCCAAGAGCCCAAUCUCCUCAUCAGUGGCAUGGAACAGCCUCUCCCACUCCGUACAGAUGUCUUCUGAAGCCCAGGGUUACCUGGUCUGCACUCCCAACGCUCCCCAAGAUUCUGGAUUCCCAAGACUCCGGAUUGAGGAGCUUUCUUCAGCAGCUGAAUGGCCAGAAGAACCAUGUCUUCCCACAAGGACCCUCUCAGAGAUGGUCCCUGAACUUAACAUCUCAAGAUGAAUCCUAUGACCUUGGGCAAGUUAUUUUGCCUCUCUGCACCUCAGUGUGCUCAUCUAUGAAAUAGGAUUAUAAUCAUUGCCCUACCUACUUCACAGGGUUGUUGUGAGGACUAUGACUGUCUGGAACUUUUUUGUAAACUCUAAAUGCCAGGUAAACUUAAGGGACACAUCAGGUGUCUUCCACUGGACCUUCUAGACUGUCUCUCUAUCCCUCUCUGCCUCCUCUUCCCUGGGAUGGCAUCACCAGGGUCCCUUGCUCUCUGGAUUCUGUUCAUGCUCAAUCCAUGAGGAGCCCCACUAGGAGAACAGAGGGAAGGAGGAGGGUGAUAUAGGGGUAGUUACUCCCCCAGAUCCCUCCCUGCAGUAUCAAGAUCACUAUGGGCUCUCUGCAUCUUUGACCUAAAGUCACGGCUCUGCCAUGCUCUCAGUAGCCCUGUCUAUCCCCAGGUUCCAUUACCUGCCCCUUCCCCAUGCUGCUCAGGCCUACCAGGUCCUGGUAAUGUCCACUUGUGGCUUCCCUAUACCUGCCCUUUCUAAACAGCUCCCCUUUGGGGCACCUGGAUGGCUUAGUCAGUUGAGCGUCCGACUUUGGCUCAGGUCAUGAUCUCACGGCUCGUAAGUUUGAGCCCCAUGUCUGGCUCUGUGCUAACAGCUCAGAGCCUGGAGCCUGCUUCAGAUUCUGUAUCCCUCUCUCACUCUGCCUGUCCCCUGCUCAUGCUCUGUCUCUCAUGCUCAAGAAAAAAUAAACAUUAAAAAAAAUAAAA